GCUGAUGUGUUCCACGGCCAGACCCCUUACUCAGUCGCAUCCUCACCACAUCCAUCCCAAGACGCGGCGGCGACCUUCCUCCUUUCGACGAACGACGACUGCCAAAGACACUUCGACCGUGGCCCCAAAGACCCAGCGAUCAACGCUCGCUCAACAAACCCAACACAACCGCAUCCUCCCAGUCGCCCGAUCGCAGCCCUCGUUUCUCGUGGUUAUAGAUGCUCUCGUUUGCUUAGCUCUCACAAUUCCCAAGGGCUGGGCAAGGUGCUUCAUUGCCGUUCCAACCCUCCACCCCUUAGCUCAAGCUCGGAAUUGGGAACUGAACAUCCACCUCAGUGCCCUGGAUGUUGCCAUCGUAUGCUUCCUCGGCCACCUCUAAGGUGAUGCCCCGGCAUCACGCCAGUGGCUACUCCAAUGGAUACCCACGGGGAAGCACCUUCGAGAUCUCCCCUCACAGAUACCAGCCGCGCGCAUCAACACCGGCGAAUCGCCGUCGUCAACGCUUACUGACCCGCCUCGUCAUCGUCGUCGCUGUCGCCAUCCUCUUUCUCGUCUUUGUCUGGCCCGGGGCCUCCUUGACUUCGAUAUUUUCUCUCGGCCUGUUGUCCGCUUCCAACGAGCUUCAACUUGAGACGGUACGAUACUAUGAUCUCGGCAAUGUGCAAGGGACUGCCCGAGGUUGGGAACGCGAGGAGCGCAUUCUCCUUUGCGUGCCUCUAAGGGAUGCCGAACCGCAUUUGCCAAUGUUCUUCUCCCAUUUGCGAAACUUUACCUACCCUCACCACCUCAUCGACCUUGCCUUCCUCGUUUCCGACUCCAAGGAUCACACCCUCCAGGUUCUUUCCGACAUGCUUGAGGAGAUUCAGGCCGACGAAGACGCGAAGCAACCGUAUGGAGAAAUAUCCAUCAUCGAGAAGGAUUUUGGACAAAAGGUGAACCAGGACGUCGAAAGUCGCCACGGAUUUGCUGCUCAGGCGAGCAGGAGGAAGCUGAUGGCGCAAGCCCGGAACUGGCUCUUGAGCGCCGCGUUGCGACCUUACCACUCAUGGGUGUACUGGCGGGAUGUCGACGUUGAGACGGCCCCUUUUACUAUUCUUGAGGAUCUCAUGCGUCAUAACAAGGAUGUCAUUGUGCCAAAUGUAUGGCGCCCUUUACCCGAUUGGCUUGGCGGAGAACAGCCAUAUGAUCUAAAUUCGUGGCAAGAAUCAGAGACAGCACUGGCUCUUGCGGAUACACUCGACGAGGACGCCGUGAUUGUCGAAGGCUACGCCGAAUAUGCAACCUGGCGGCCUCACUUGGCGUACCUGCGAGAUCCAUACGGCGAUCCAGACAUGGAGAUGGAGAUUGAUGGAGUGGGCGGUGUCAGUAUAUUGGCCAAGGCUAAGGUAUUCCGAUCCGGUGUCCAUUUCCCAGCUUUCAGUUUUGAGAAGCACGCCGAAACUGAGGGGUUUGGAAAGAUGGCCAAGCGGAUGGAAUAUAGCGUGGUCGGUCUGCCGCAUUACACAAUCUGGCAUCUUUAUGAGCCCAGUGUAGACGACAUCAAGCAUAUGGAGGAGAUGGAGCAAGAGAGGCUCGCGAGAGAAAAGGAGGACGAGGAGAAGGCCGAGAAGGCCAAGAAGGUCAAGGAACAGUUCGGGGAUGCAAGCAGUCAGUGGGAGAAGGACAAGUCGGAUAUGCAACACCUAGUGAGUGAAGAAAAGAAGGAGGCCAAGGAAGCGAAGGUGGCCAAGGAGGCUGGAGACAAGAAGCAAGCAGCAGAUAGGGAGGAAACCCCGGCAAAGAUGGAAAAGAUGGAGAAGAAUGACGCUGCUUUUGCCAAGAAGGCAGAGAGUUGAGGACACCAAAGGGGCUGGGUUGGUCGAAACGGCGGGAUACUUUGCCGUUUUUGGAAGUGGAUGGUUCGGCCCUGUGGUCGAAGGAUAGGUAGCUAUCAUACUUCGACGUCGCCCGAAAUGAUUCACGAGUCUUAGGGAUGU